AUGUGCUCCAAAUCAUUUGUUUCCAGUGGUCCGAUUUGUGCUCUAUGUAAACAGUCUCAUUACUUGUCCAAAUGUGAUCACUUUCACAAACUAGCUCCACCGGAUAGACUAGCUAAGGCAAAAGAAUUAAAGGUCUGCAUUAACUGUUUAUCUAAAGGACAUUUCGUAAACCAAUGCAACUCCACAUUUACUUGCCGUCUUUGCGGUUCCAAGCAUCAUACUAGCUUACAUAUCAAGUCAAAGGAACCAUCAGUUGAGCAAUUACCUGCUUUCUCACAUGCGGAAAUUCCUGAUCGGUCUAGAACUAUAUCUGCAUUUUCAUCUAACACCACUCAAGUGCUCUUGCCUACGGCCAUAGGGAAAAUAAUGGAUUCUACUGGAAAGCUUUAUAAAAUUAGAAUACUGUUGGAUUCUGGAUCUCAAUCCAAUUUCAUCAAGUCAAGUUUAUACAAAAAAUUGAAAUUGCCAGUUCAGUCGAUCAAUGCAUCCAUUUCUGGUCUAGCCCAAGCAUCUUCUCUAGUUCAUUCCAAAUGUGACGUUGAAGUACACGCUAAUCAAUCGCCAUUUAAGCUUCAGCUUUCUUGCCUUGUUCUCGAUGAAAUCACAGGUAGUGUUCCAGGCAUUUGUGUUGAUUUGAAACAUUUUAAGAUUCCCGAUAACAUAAGGUUAUUAGACCCUUCGUUCGGAGAGCCCAAUGACAUUAAUAUUCUGCUCGGGGCGUCGACUUUCUUUAACAUUCUGUGCAUCGGGCAGGUUCGUCUUGGUUCAAAUCUGCCUGUCCUUCAAAAAACCCGUUUUGGUUGGGUGGUUUCAGGUCCUGUUGGGUACCACCAGGAUUCCCGAGUUCAGUGUCAUUUAAGCUGCACUGAGGAACUGCCUGAUCAGCUGAACAAGUUCUGGGAACUUGAACAUUAUCCUUCGACCAAGGCGCUCUCUUCGGAAGAGAAAGCAUGCGAAUCUCAUUAUCUGCAGAAUACCAAAAGGAAUUCCGACGGUAGAUUUGUCGUAUCUAUACCCUUUAAAGCUCCCGUCGAGCUACUCGGUGAUUCCUACAAAAUUGCCGAGAAGCGAUUUCUUUCUCUGGAAAAACGGUUUCAAUUAAAUCCAAGGUUGUACGAACAAUAUUCUCGCUUCAUGAAGGAGUACGAAGAGUUGGAACAUAUGACUGAAACUGUUCCUCAUUCCUCUGAAGUUUGCUUUUAUCUUCCACAUCACGGAGUUUUAAAGGAGGACAGUCUCACGACAAAACUUCGUGUUGUUUUCAACGGUUCCAUGCCAUCCAC